AAAAGUCAGGCAAACAGCACGCACGCACCACUGGGAGAUCAGAACUCAGAGCUGGCUCUCGGCUCUGAGGAAGAGAACUCUCGGUGGGGAGGAAGAGAGCUGCCCCAGAGCUCCAGGACGGGCAGGUGUGCACAGGUGGAUCAUGAGGUCAUCCCUCUGCUGGCUCCUCCCACUGCUCCUCAUCUUGGCCUCAGUGGUCCAAGGUCAGCUAACGAGACAAAAACCCGGGAUCAGGCGCAAGCCCAGGCCCAGGCCCACACCCAGCUUUCCUCAGCCCGAUGAGCCAGCAGAGCCUACAGACCUGCCUCCCCCACUGCCUCCUGGGCCUCCGUCUGUCUUCCCUGACUGUCCUCGGGAAUGCUACUGCCCCCCUGACUUCCCAUCGGCCCUUUACUGCGAUAGCCGUAACCUGCGCAAAGUCCCCGUCAUCCCACCCCGCAUCCAUUACCUCUACCUCCAGAACAACUUCAUCUCUGAGCUCCCCGUGGAGUCCUUCAGGAACGCCACAGGCCUGAGGUGGAUCAACCUGGACAAUAACCGAAUCCGCAAGGUGGACCAGAGGGUGCUGGAGAAGCUCCCUGGCCUGGUGUUCCUCUACAUGGAGAAGAACCAGCUGGAAGAGGUGCCCUCGGCCCUGCCCCGGAACCUGGAGCAGCUGAGGCUGAGUCAGAACCACAUCUCCAGGAUCCCACCCGGUGUCUUCAGCAAGCUGGAAAACCUGCUGCUCCUGGAUCUACAGCACAACAAGCUGAGUGAUGGCGUCUUCAAGUCAGACACCUUCCAGGGCCUCAAGAACCUCAUGCAGCUCAACCUGGCCCACAACAUCCUGAGAAAGAUGCCACCCAAGGUCCCCUCGGCCAUUCACCAGCUCUAUCUGGACAGCAACAAGAUCGAGACCAUCCCUAAUGGAUACUUCAAGGGCUUCCCCAACCUUGCUUUCAUCCGGAUGAACUACAACAAGCUGUCAGACAGGGGGCUCCCCAAAAACUCCUUCAACAUCUCCAACCUGCUGGUGCUUCACCUGUCCCACAACAAGAUCAGCAAUGUGCCUGCCAUCAACAACAAGCUAGAGCACCUGUACCUCAACAACAACAGCAUUGAGAAAAUCAAUGGGACACAGAUUUGCCCCAACAACCUUGUGGCCUUCCAUGACUUCUCCUCGGAUCUGGAGAACGUGCCCCACCUGCGCUACCUACGGCUGGAUGGGAACUUCCUGAAGCCCCCCAUCCCGCUGGACCUCAUGAUGUGUUUCCGCCUCCUGCAAUCCGUGGUCAUCUAGGCCUUGCCGUGGGCUGGACCUCCUCUGACCACGCUUGAAGGCUGGUGGCCCAGGCACAGUGCCCACCAUUUUCCUCUGCCUCCUCCUCUUGCCCUCAGCUUUGCUUCUUUUCUCUCCUAUUUCUGAGGAUUGGAAAUGUCAUGUGCUCUGCUGCAGCUCUGGGGCAAGACUUCUCAAGGCUUCAUUUGGCUCCACCCAAUUCAAACUCCUCCCCGAACCCUGCACACCCAAACCACUGGUCUUUUGUGGUCUCCUUUCACUCCAGAAACCAGACUCCAUGUCCCUUCCCCUCCCCUCUUCCAUCCAUCACUCCUGAGUAAGGCUGGACCACAGACUGACAUCUGAUCUUGGUUGGGCCAAGUGAGAAGCAAAGAUGGUUCUGGCAGCCUGGAGGUGAGCUUUGGAAAGUCCCACUGGAGAUUCUGCUAUCUUGGGCAACUCUGCCUCAAAAAAAAGGCUGAGAAACCCAACCAAAGAUCCCUUCUUCAAAACUGCUACUCUACCACCCUCUUCCCUGGCUACCAGGCACUGCUCUCUGCCCACCCAGGUUCUCUGGGCAGGAAAUAAGGGAAUGACUGAGGCAGGGCAGAGGGCCAGGGUGCCGGCAAGCGCUAGCCACUGGCCAUCUGUGCCCAGAAAUGAGUUAGAAGCCCCUCCUCUGCCUCCAGGAUGAAUAUAGCACACACCCUCCUAGCUGGGCCUCAGAGGAGCCACCGAGGAGAGCUUCUUGAGGAUCUAGACUUCAGCUAGAAGGAGAGGGCUGGGGGUCAGAGCCCCAGGAUGAGCCCCACGGGGGUGUCAAUGAAUCCUGUGGCCACUCCUGCCCAACCCCGAUAAGUGGCCCGAGGCCCUGGGGAACAGAGUUCACAGGGGAAGGUCAAGAGGAGCCACUCUCCCCUCCCCUUGCCCCAUCUGUUCUCUAUUAGGGCAGAAGGCCCAGUCAUUUCCACCCCUGAGGGAGUGGAGGGUUCUGAGACACUGGGAAGAAGGGGCGGGGCACCUGGAAAUCUCCCAGGAGCCUCUGCGGCAUUGGAACGCUGCCUCCAUCUCGGAGACAGACCCAUGAGUGACACCUGGUGGCAGCUGACGGUGGCAGCUGGCUCCAGUCUUCUCGCCUCUUCCUGGCAUCUGGUAUUCCAAGGUCACAGAGCUGGCAGGUUCCAGCUUGGGAGAGCCAGGGGUGGCAUGCUUGGGGCCCCCCCUCCUCUAGUGGGGCUCAUUCCCAUGGUGAGGGACCACCACUGGGAAACUUUUGGGAGCCCAGUGACCUUGCCAGAUCUCUUCUGCUCUUACUUACCACAUAUGGAAACCCAGGCAAGCCCCACCCCCCUCCCAAGCGGUCCCACACUGUAAAGCGAAUCCUAAUGCAGGAUGCAUCCUAACUACUACUACCCUUCCCUUGCAAUAAUUUAUUCUCUAUUCCUAACCCAGAGGUGUCCCCAUCCUCCUUACCUGGUCCAGGUAGUAGUCGCUUGGCAGGUCUCCUUGCCUUCAGCAUCCCCCUUAACUUUCUCCAGAGGAUGCUGACCCCCUACUGUCCCCAGAGUAUGGGUUUUGGUGAAGAAUUUAAGGAUCUAGAAGCAAGACAUAAUAUGCACCCUAAAAAGGUAAGCUGAGUGUUUUACAAGAAAUUGAGUUAGCCAGGAGCCAGUGGCUCAUGCCUGUAAUCUAGCUACUCAGAGGACUGAGAUCUGAGGAUAGAGAUUCAAAGCCAGUCUAAGCAGGAAAAUCCAUGAGAUUCUUAUCUCCAGUGAAGCAGCAAAAAGAGGGAAGCAGCAGCAUGGCUCAAGAGGGAAAGCACCAGCUUUGAGUGAAAAAGCGAAAGAACUAAAAAUUAAAAUGAAAAGGUAAAAAAUAAAAACUGAAAUGCUAACAGCACUGACAGACACAAAUCCCCUUUACACACAGGCUGGUCUGUGCAGGACCCACUUCCUCACAGCCUCUCCGGCUCCACACCACUUCCCCUCUCUCCCUAGUUGCAGCUGGUUUCUCCAAGGCUCCCGCUUAAAGUCCAUUCACCUACAUGGCUGUAAGCAACCUGGUGCUAUGGCCUGGAUAAGCCCCUCUGCACCCUAUUCCCUCCUUCCCCCCUCAGCCCCUUUGGUGAGGCCAGGACAAGGGGGAACACUGCUCCCCUGGGGAUCCUGGUCUUGUAAACCUAAAUUGUUCAGUUUUUAGUAGCUACACCAUCCCAUCAUUCUAUAGGCUCAUCCUUGGGCCUCUGCUACCAGAAGCAUAGCGUUAAGUUAGCCUUGUAGUCCCCACUCCCCCACCUCACACACACGCAGUGUGCUCUCCUGGGUUUAGAAAGUCCCCCCCCCACCCCCGCUUUCCACAAGUUCACUCUCUCAGUGCUAUGGGCCUCCGUGUGUGCAGAUGUGUAGGAAGUGCGUAUGUACACGUAUCUGUACAUAUAUCUGUUCUCUCUGGAAGACCAUGUUAACUUUGUGAAACAACUUUCACACUUCAACACGCUUCAUAGAAGAGGAAAUAAAAUCAAAUGAAAAACAC